CAAACAUUAAUUUAUUUCAAUCUUACAAUCAUGAAAAGUGUUAGGCUUCUAAUUAUUUCGAAUGCAACAUGGAGAUCGCUUAAAUAAUGUAAACGGAAUUAUUUUGUGCGUUGCAACAGUCACCCACGAUAAACGAUGGGACAAGGAAAAUCAAAGCCAAUCCGCGUAGUCGUUAAUGAUAACACAGUGGUUGCAAACAAUUUAGAACAGACGAAUGUGGACAGCGAUGACGUCAAUAACAACAAAGAUACGCUUGGAGUUGCGACGGAGGAAGGUAAUUAUCCGGCAGCGAAGCCCCCGCCAUACUCGACAAAAUCGAAACACUCUGACAAUAAACAACGACCUGACAAACUUGCUGUCGUCGAUGAAACUACAUCCAUUGACGAUGAUCAAUUGUCUAAAAUAAAAGCUAUGCACGUGCCAGUGGGAGCAAGUUUUCAGAAGAUGGUUCGUCAAAAAAAGGAGCCAGAUCCACUUGAUGUCGCAUAUCCUGAAACGCCGCACAUAAUAAGGUCGGAGCCAUACUCACAUGAUUUUGGUGACCCGAGGUGGUUGUCUCGACCUGCCUCGAAAUCGCUCACGUUAUCAAGAACCGAGCUCAAGGCCGCCGACACAAGAAUUGGUCGACUCCAUUCAUCAAAGAAAGACAUAAUGUUUGCGGAAAGGCUAAGGCAUGAGAUGAGAGUUGUACAAAGUAUUGUUACCAGAGAUACAAGUAUUGCCCCUCAUAAAGGCCAAGUCAGACGGUUCAAUUUUGAAGCAGCAAUGAAUCUACACAACCAUUUUCAAAACAUUGAAGACACACUGGCGGAAGAAGCUGCCGAAAAGCACAAAGAUCAUAGGGCAGAGACCUACGAAAGCCUUGUAGAUGAUUUGACAGGACAGUUUCAAACUGAAAGUCUGAAGGUUAAGACAAUACUUGCAUGGAUCAGCAAACAGGGUAUUGGAAACUUCCAGUUUACAACUGUGCCCCCUCCUGACACACCAAACGGCUAUAUGCGGCUCAUUCAGGAUGACCUUGGGACAUAUCCCGUGUUUUUUGCUCUUCUCUGCAGAGCAGCUGGUAUUAAAUGUGCAAUAGUCAACGGUAUAUCAAAGGGCUCGUCUUAUGAAGUUGGGAUGAUAGAAACUAGCGGCCUACGGAACUCCUGGAAUGCUGUUUUUGUCGAUGGCAGCUGGCAGUUGGUGCACCCUCUUUGGGUUUGCAAAGGUAUUGCACGACAGAAGCAAACAGCUUUGAUUUCGUUGGAAAGAGACUCUGAACGUGAAUCGUCUGCACAUGAACAAACAAUGGCAGUUCAGUCAUUUAACCAUUAUUUCAUAUUCACAAAUCCGACCGAAUUUGUAUACAGGAACCUACCAGACGAAGAAAAAUGGCAACUUUUGGAAAAGCCUAUUUCUGAAGAUGAUUUUUUGGAAAAGUCCUACAAACGGCCGCCAUUUUUCCAAAAUAAUCUCACUUUACUCAGUGAAGACAAAUGUGUUCUAGAGUCCAAUUCAGGUGAUCCAGUUAGAAUCAAAAUAGGUUUCAAAAGAAGCAAAUUGUCUGAUGUAACAUUUGGAUACCAUUUGUGUGCCUAUUUAGAUAAAAGUAUUGAAAACAAUAUGCAGGAAAACACUGAGGUUGAUGAAACAGUUGAAAAGAAAUAUGUUCUUGUUGAUAAGGAAGGUAGUUGUGUAACAUUUGAAGUUCGAUUCAAUCAUCCAGGUGUUUACAAAAUGAAACUGUAUGGUGGAUUAUACUCAGAAUAUGGCAAUAAUCCUCCCUGGAUUAUGGAUGUUAAACUUGUCUGCAAAGAUGUGCAUGACUGGUCCAUUCCUCUUCCAUUAGAACCACCUCUCGUCGGUUGGGGACCUGGGCCUUCCACCCAACAGCUUGGAUUUUACGUUCCCUCUCACAUCGGUAGCGUAAUUUUUGUUUCAAAAAGUGAACCAGAAUACAUGUAUUUUGUUCUUCAACAACCUGCAGACGUGAUUAUUGAGCUUCUGCAUAACUCUCGGUCUAGUGAUGAACUAAGUCAAUUUGUAAACUGUGAAAUUGAAACGAAGAACGGUGUGUUCUUGUUGAAAACUGUGAUAACUUGUCCUGGAAAUGGCGAGUUUGCUCUUCGCAUGGACGUUAAAGUGGGGAACAGGCUUGUCAAUGUUUGCAAUUAUGUUAUACACACUAGAAAGGAACGACAGCAUGAGCCCUACUACCGCCGAAAGGCACGGGGCAUGAUUCUAGACGCAAUGAAAGAAUGUGAUCUGCCUGUGCUCGAGAAGGCUUUAGACGCAUGCGAACGAUUUGAUCUUCCAAACACUGACCCAGAUGUAAUAGGAGCACGGAUGAGACAUGAGUUCCUGUCUUGCAAAAAAGAGCUCCAUGUUGCUCUUCUGGUGAACCGGAUAGAUGUCUCAGAGCACGCCCUCUACGCGACCAGAAAUGCAAAUUUGGACGUCCUGUUCGCAAAAGAGAUCAGGAAGGUGGAGGCACAUUUAAAGUUCCUCAUGCAACUUGAUGAAGGAGGAUGGACCGUUGAUAUACCGGAUAUUGACCGCCAAACUCUGGUUGAACUUAGCCAGUUACGAUCGCCAAAAAUAGAGAUUCGCCUUGUCCUAGUGGCCAUGUACAUGCUGCUUGGAAUCGACGAAUCUUACUUACGGAACUGGAAAAAUGUGCAGCGUUUACUUCGUGAUCAGCAAUCGACCCUCGUCGAAAUGGCUCGGCUUGAAAAGUACAUUGAGAUGGACGAAGACAAUUGCCAACCCGUUAUUGAUGUUUACACUGUUGAACGAGUGAAUGCCAUUAUUGGGUACUACAGUGAGGACCAAAUUCGCAAAGUAGACAACACAUUGUCCGUCUACUUCCGAUGGAUCAGUGGUAUACUACAAACCACGAAAGACAUGUAUAAAGAACGCAACAUUAUUAUUGGCGACCCUGAUCUCGAGUCUAGGGUGUUAUCGUCUAUUCUGAUUACUCCGACAUCUACUCCGUCGAAAAAAUUACAGCAAGAGCAGUCGCAGGUGCCUGGUACAUCGAAGAAAAACACUAACGUGCCGACAGAAGUACCAAAAAAAAAAAUACACACAGCCAAUAGAAAACAGUCUUCAAGACUUGUUGCUUCCAGUUCUGGGAAGGUUUUGUACAGGACACAUAAGGAAUCUUUGAAUGAAAAUGAAGACUUGCACAAUAAUGUUAAUCGUCAGAGCUCUGCAGUUUCCGAUGACUUUUUUGACGAAGAGGAUAAAGCCUCUCGAAAAUAUUUGAAGGUAAAUUCAAGACAGUCAACUGCAUACCCAACUCCUACUUCUACGGCUUUAUCUGAAAGAAGAGAACAUUCUCGGUUAUUAACGGCAAAGCUUAGUAACCGUGUACUAACAGCAAGAGCCAGUGCACUGAAUGAAAGGGGAGCGCCCUCGAGAUUCCUAGCCACUCCGGGAUACCGAGAAUCGAACCACGAUCUUACGAGUGUUAUUGAACGCUCUACUUCGAUUUCUGAUCGUAGACAACUGAGACAAUCCUUAAAGUCAUCAUGGCAAGGAAGACGUACUGGAAAUUCAUGCAGUGGUCAUGAAAAUUAUGAUGUGCUUCAACUUGUUCAAAAUAAUGGGUUACAACUUAAUCGAUCACAGUCGAACAGAACCUUAGAUGAGGCCGAACCAAGCAAUGACACUCGCAAAGAAAUGGGUCUUAAGUCAUCGUUUUCGCAAAGGGAGUCUCGAAUAUCUCAACGAUCGAAAGUUGUAAGUGCUAAAUCAAACACAAGAGUUGUUGAAAACAAGAAUAUUGCGAGGACUGGAACUGUAACUUUAGACAGAAACUAAGACGAAAAACUCUUGAUACGAUAUACAUGAAAGUGUACAUGCUUCAAUGAAACUUUUACAAAAACAUGUUAUUCGUUUCAAUGCCAGUUAGUAGGAACUACCAAUUGUGUGUAUACAAUUCAUUGUGUGACUGUGUAAAUUGUAUACUAAUUACAGACUGUAUUAAAAUUAAAAUAUCUGUGAUCAUAGAAUGGUUGGAGAAAAAGGAAUUGUCCAGACAAGUGCAUUUGCUUAUAUAAGUUAUAUAUCUAUAAGCUGUAUUCGUAUCCUUUGUAUUGUGCCUGCUUGUUGCGCAUUUCAAAUCAGGUUGCUGUACAUAUAGCAUUAUUAAUUUUUGGAUAAAAGGAAAUCUUUAAAUGAGAGAUGACUAUUGUAAGUGUCAUGUUAUACAAUUUAUCUGCAAUUCUAGUUAAUGCAACGUUAAAAUUAUAAUUUUACCUGUAUUCCAAACCCAGAGUAAAACUUAGACUCCCUUUAGAAGAAAGAAAGAAAGAGCCGUUCAGAUAUUUUCUAAAAACCGCACGAGUUUGGCUAGGAAAGUUUGACCAAAUGUCAUCCCUAACAUGCACUAAGUCAUGGUCAGACCCUCGGAGAAAAUCACCUGUUAACAGUUCUGGUAACAAAAGUGCGAUUAACAGUUCUACUUUGUUUGGUAAUAAACU